UCUCUCUCUCUCUAGUCACUACAUAUACCUUUCUUUAAUUGCGACGCUUUUAACUACCCACUGUAACUAUUCUUCUUCUUCUUCUCUGUCACUCUCUUUACUUUUGCUUUCCCCUUUUAGAGCUUUCAUGGCAACGUUUCUCUGCAAUGUAAUGUGAUCACCACCGACACUCAAUGGCUACCGGAGAUAGAGCUAUGUUCCCUGUUUUGCUUCUAAUCUUCUCUUCGAUCUCUGGAUUCUCCGUUGUGAACUGUGUUACUGAUCCAUCUGAUGUUCAAGCCCUUCAGGUUUUGUAUACUUCACUGAAUAGUCCUUCACAGCUAACCAAUUGGAAGAAUGGAGGUGGUGAUCCAUGUGGAGAGUCAUGGAAAGGGAUUACUUGUGAGCGCUCAGCAGUUGUCUCUAUAGACAUAUCGGAUUCAGGAGUCUCUGGCACUCUUGGAUACUUGCUCUCAGACCUUAUGUCACUCAGAAAUUGGAUGUUAGCGGAAACAGCAUCCAUGACACACUUCCAUAUCAACUGCCACCGAAUCUCACAAGCCUGUACUGAUUCUUUAUAG